ACCCUACAGUUCAGUCGUGAAAAGAAACCUUUGUCAUAAUUUACACCCGUUGACAAUUGUCCUGAAUUAUUUUACGGAACCGCCUUUCGAGAUUGUGCAAGUUGUUUUUCUUGUUCGUCUUCACUCCAGGGAUGCCCCCACCCCUCCUGGCCUGAUUGUUGACUGGGCCCAGGGGGAAUGACCUGUAUUGCAAACCUCCAACACUCAGUUUUCUGAAAGACUGACAGACAGAUUCCGAAAAUGGCGUCCUUCAGAAUUCUGUCAAAAUCAGAGCAAUUUCAUAGAAAUAUAUCUUCAGUGAGAAGACAAAAAGGAGUACUGUCUAUGCAGUAUGGCAAGUGUGUUCCUCACCCUCGGGUGUGUGGCUGUUGCUUCUCCACCUCCUGCCCCAGGGAUGCCCGCUUCUUUACCGACCCCACAGAGGCAGUGAAAGACAUCCCAGAUGGCUCCACUCUACUAGUCGGAGGGUUUGGUUUGUGUGGAAUACCCGAGAAUCUGAUUGGGAGUUUAUUGAAGACUGGAGUGAAAGGUAUCACAGCAGUCAGCAACAACGCUGGUGUGGAUAAUUUUGGUCUUGGUCUGCUGCUGAGGACCAAGCAGAUCAAGCGGAUGAUUUCCUCCUACGUUGGGGAGAAUGCAGAGUUUGAGAGACAGUACCUUUCAGGGGAACUGGAGGUGGAGCUAACGCCUCAGGGUACCCUGGCAGAGAGGGUACGUGCCGGCGGUGCUGGGGUCCCUGCCUUCUUCACGCCCACUGGGUAUGGCACACUGAUCCAGGAGGGAGGCUCACCCAUCAAAUACAACACAGACGGCAGUGUGGCCAUCGCUAGCAAGAAGAGAGAGGUGAGGGAGUUCAAUGGCAUCCACUAUGUCAUGGAGAGAGCCAUCACAGGGGACUUUGCUUUGAUCAAGGCCUGGAAAGCUGAUCGAGCCGGUAACAUUGUGUUCAGAAAAACAGCACGGAACUUCAACCAGCCCAUGUGUAAAGCAGCUAAAGUCACCGUAGUGGAGGUAGAAGAGAUUGUAGAUGUGGGGACCUUUGCUCCAGAAGAUAUCCAUGUCCCCAGCAUCUAUGUUGACAGGAUUGUGAAGGGGGCAGUCUAUGAGAAGAGGAUAGAGAAGAGAACGGUCCAGAAAGGCUCUAUGGAGACACCCAAACCCAAGAGGAAGGCAGACCUGCUCCGAGAGAGGAUCAUCAGGAGGGCAGCAUUGGAGUUCCAGGAUGGGAUGUAUGCAAACCUUGGUAUUGGGAUCCCGAUGCUGGCCAGCAACUUCAUCAACUCUAACAUCACUGUGCACCUACAGAGUGAGAAUGGACUUCUGGGCCUGGGUCCUUAUCCCACCGAAAGUGAGGUAGACCCAGACCUUAUCAAUGCAGGUAAAGAGGUUGUAACUGUGGUUCCUGGAGCCGCGUUUUUCUCCAGUGAUGAAUCAUUUGCUAUGAUCAGGGGUGGCCACAUUGACCUGACCAUGUUGGGGGCCAUGCAGGUGUCUAAGUAUGGGGACCUGGCCAACUGGAUGAUCCCGGGAAAGAUGGUGAAAGGAAUGGGAGGGGCUAUGGACCUAGUGGCAAGUGCAGGAACCAAAGUGGUGGUGACCAUGGAGCAUUCUGCUAAGGGGGACAAACACAAAAUCCUGGAGAGUUGUACUCUCCCACUGACCGGGAAGCAGUGUGUGGAUAGAAUCAUCACUGAAAAGGCAGUUUUUAAUGUUGACAAGGCCAGCGGCCUCACUCUCAUAGAGAUCUGGGAGGGGCUGACUCCUGAUGACAUCAGAGCUUGCACUGGCACAGAUUUUGCUGUGUCCCCAAAUCUAAGACCAAUGCAGCAGAUCUGAACCCAGUGACUCCAAAUCUUUCUGCAGUGCACAGAAUCCUUCUUUUAACAUUCCACGUGACCAUAGUGCUACAAAUGCAUGUACACAACAACUCUGGAAGAGAGGUAUAAAUAGACCUGCAGACUUGAAGGUAUUGACAGUUAAGAGUCAGUCGGCUACAACGUGCCUGUGACUUACAAUAGAAUCAGCUUGCUGAAGUCUAGGUCUACAAUGCAAUGACUGGUCAUUCCAAGCUGUAUAUGGUAUGAUCCAUGGCAGAUUGUUUUACUCUUAAAAUGGCAUAACUACA